GGAUGGCAUGAGGGUAAAUGAUGAGAGAAUUUCCAUUUUUGCGUGAACUGUUCUUUUAAUGUUUUGAGCAGACGAAAUCCCUGAAUAACUCAAAACGUAUGAAAGCAAAUGCAUCAUUACUGAAAGAGCGUGCAUCGUUAUUAUAACCAGUCAAAACCUAUAAACAGGAUGUUUUAAUGUCUAAACAGUGCAUUACAGGAAGUCCUUAGUUUGGUCCUUCACGCCAAAGCAGUCCAUACUUGUUAUGUAGUAUAGCUAAGCCAAAAUGAAGCUGCAAAUGAUUAAUUUCAGAAAGGACCGCAUUGUUUACUCGGUCCAAGGGAGUUGAAACCGGAGCUGCUGAUUCACGCAUGCGUGCCGGGUCCACGCAAGGACAAUGAAGUCAAGCCCAGCAGCGAUUCUUCUCCAGUCAAUUUGGACUAUUCGGAUGAGUGAGAGGUGCGAAACGGAUGACUCGAUGCACACCAGUGUUAUAUUACCGCAGGGCGAUCAUCUCUGCGCUUUUUUCUGAUGACCAGCUGCCGCUUUCAUGUAUCAAUAGUGAAGUUCCUGCUAUCAAGAUUCACUGCUGCGUCUGUUGGGUUUCCCCCUAAACAACAAGGACUUCAUGUGAUUUUGUAUGAGUUGCUGAUACAAUGUCUGAAGUCAGUAUCGGACGAAAAAAGAAAAAGUGUGAGAAUUGUACUGAACAGUGCAACAAGAAGCAGAGUGAUGAGGAGAUAAACUCACUGCAAGAGAAAGGUGUUGUCAGUGGAGAGGUAAGAGACUCUACCUCAGUUCAGCAGGUGUUGCUGAGCGCGUGUCUGUCCUGUGAAGGCUGCAUAUCGGAGGACGAAGGCCAGAAAAUCUCUCAACAGAAUCUAGAUGAAAUCAACCGUGUGCUUGCCCUUAAUAAGAAGUGUGACACUUCAAAGCACAAAGUUCUGGUGGUGUCCGUGUGUCCCCAGUCGCUGCCCUUUUUUGCCGUUAAAUUUCACUUGGAUGUUUCUGCGGCUUCACAGAAACUAUGUGGCUUCCUGAAGAGUGUGGGGGUCCAUUAUGUCUUUGAUACUACGAUAGCUGCUAGUUUUAGUAUUUUGGAAAGCCAGAGAGAAUUCAUUCAACGUUACCGUCGUAAACAUCAUGAUGCCAACGCCAUGCCGAUGUUCACUUCCUCAUGUCCAGGAUGGAUCCGCUAUGCAGAGCGUGUUCUUGGCAGCUUGGUCACGCCACACAUCUGCACAGCCAGGUCACCUCAACAGAUCAUGGGCUCCUUGGUCAAAGAUUUUUUUGCAAGACAACAGAAGCUGACCCCGGAUCAGGUUUUCCAUGUGGUGUUGGCGCCCUGCUUUGAUAAGAAGCUGGAAGCUGUGAGAGAGGAAUUCUACAACAGCAUUUUAGAGACCAGAGAUGUCGACUGUGUGCUUACAUCAGGAGAGAUUCUCCACUUGAUGGAACAAAGCAAAGUUACUGCAGAGGAAGUGGACUCUGCUCCUUUGGAUCACAUAUUUGGUGAGAGCAGUGACUCAGGCAUGAUCAGGCAUAAAGGUCGUGGAUCUGAAGGUUUCCUGGAACACAUUUUCAAACAUGCAGCCAAAGAGCUCUUUGGCCUAGACGUCCAAGAGAUUGUGUACAAGACACUCAGGAAUCGAGACUUCCAGGAGGUGGCGCUAGAGCAUGAUGGAGAGACCCUCCUUCAGUUUGCUGCGGUCUGCGGCUUCCGGAAUAUUCAGACUCUAGUGCACAGAAUGAGGAAAGGCAAAGUGCCCUACCAGCUAGUGGAGGUGCUUUCCUGCCCUGGAGGCUGUUUAAGUGGGCGAGGACAAGCUGAGGGAGAGGGAGGCAGACCUGACCGGGCUCUUGUUCAGCAAAUGGAAGCGUCCUACAGCAGCUUGCCUGUCCGUUUGCCUGAAUCCAACCCAGAGGUCCAGCGCCUCUACCAGGACUGGCUGGAUGGCCAAGAUUCCCCACAUGUUCAGCAAUGUCUCCACACUCAGUACAAGAGCCACACAAAGCCCCCCUCUCACAUACUGAGCCCAGACAUUCAGUGGUGAUUGGUAGGGGACAUUCUGUUAUUCUGUUAUUACUGCAAUUUGUCUGCAGUAAAAGAAAAGUUGAACAAACGACCAAACAGGCUUUCUGUUCUAAGCAGUAAAUCAGACUGCUUUAUUUAAUGAUUUGCGAUCAUUCAAGGGAUAGUUCUCCCAAAAAUGAAAAUUGUCAUUAUUUUCACUCACCCUCAUGUUGUUCCAAACCCAUAUGAUUUUUUAUCUACUCAGUCACGAUUCAUUUUCAUUGUAUGGAAAAAAGUACAGUGUUACCAUUCUUUAAAAUUCCUCCUCUUGUGUUCCUGGGAAGAAAGUAAGUCUCGAUUUCGAACAACAUAAGGGUGAGUAAAGAUUUUUAGGUGAACUCCCCCUUUAACUUGUUUCCUGGAACAUUUUUUCUCACAUUUCACCUAAAUGAUGUCAUGGAUGGUUGGACAACCAAUCAUCAUAAAGGUAAAGUGUGAUUAACACAACGAUAGCAAUAACACAGUUCUUUGUCUUUUACCUGUUAAACAACUGUGUGACUAGUAUUGCAAUUAGUCACUUGUACUGAAGGAAUUUGCUCUGUCUUUGUGUUUAUGAAUAUCUUAUCACUAAGAUCCAGCUGCAAAAUGAGCAACUAAUACAUACUGGUGCUAUGAAUAGAUUAAAAGAAUACCAACCAUCAAUAAGAGCUUCAUAAUUCUGACUGCAUUGAAAAUGCAUGAAUUUAUUUUAACAGACUGGCAGUGAUUUUUUUUUUGUCUUUUGGCUCACAUGCAACAAGAAAUAAGAUUAAAAUAAUAAUAACUCAA